GCGUCAUAGAACAUUUUGUUGUUAAAACUUAACGGCUUAUUGCUCAACGUGUUUUCUUAACUCACUCAGAUAAUCGACGCCAGUGAAUCACGGUUCAAUAUUAUCACGUACCUACUCUAUAAAUUGUUAUUCGUGUACUCGCAUUGUUAAUUGUUAUAAUAGUGCGUACUGAUGUCGGUAAUUUGGAAUUUAAUGCAUUUAAUUUUAAUAUAAUCGUUUGAUUGACAUUUACUUUUGUUUACAAUAUUAUUCAAUAUGACGUGGUCGGUUAUUCACUUCUUUAAAGAUAAUGGAGUAGAGGUAGUACCUAGCACAUGGUUUAAAGAUGAUACAUGUGCUUGGCCUAAGACCCAUGUGAAACGUUUUAUUAAAAACCAAUGUAUACCAAAUACUAUAGAGUUCGAGUGGUUCAAAGCUAGGGCAUUGUCUACAAAUAUUUAAUUUUUCUUGUUGCUCGAACGAAAUGCAAAAAAGAAUUGAUCACUUCGGAUGUAUCAUCUACUGAAGAUGACAAUUAUUCUAAAAUAAAAAAUACAAAUAAUAAAAAAAAAUCAAAAUCUGGUAAUAAUUGCAGUAAUGACAAAAAACGGGAUAUGGCGCUGACAAAUCAGACAUUGAAACUGAUAGCGAUGACAAUAAUUAUGAAUUACCAGCUUAUGGUUCUGGUGAUAAUAAUUCCAGUACAAAUAACAUUAAUUCUCUGUCUAAGAUAUUUUUUUACAGCUUGUGUUGAUGAUAUGCUCAUUAGUCCAUCAAAAAAUAUACGAACAUUCGUCAAAUCACCAUCAAAAACUCCAGUUUUUGAAUCUAUUGAUAGUUUCUGCAUGGUGGAAAAUGUGUCACCUUAUAGAAGAAAUAAACAUUUUGUACUGUCUCCUAAUAUUUUGGCAAGAGCAGAAAAAAACAAAAAGAGAAAUUUAUCUGAAUCUCCUAGAAAUGUAUAUCCAUCUCCUGAAACUUUUCAAUCAUCUCCUCCACAAGAAAUAUCUCCUACUACUGUUCAUAAGUAUUCACCAUUAAAAACAUAUGUAUUAGAAAAUAAACAAAAAACGUCUCCAAAACCAAAUAAAUUAAAAAAUUCUUCAGAAGAUCAAUUUAAGAAACUCAUUUUAUACAAUCUUUUAGUAUUGAAACACAGCAUUAGAAACAUCAAUGAAAAAUUGACAUUGGUUGUCGAAAGGCAGAUUUCACACAAUUAUAAUGUUGAAGAAUCUAAUGAUCUUACAUUAGAAUAUUCUAAUUUGGACUGCUUAUUACCAAUUGAUGAAGAAGAUACAUUAGACAAUAUAGAAGAACAGAUAAGAAAUACCAUGCAUCAUUGACUAAACAGUUAGCUGGACUUGGCGGAAAAAGUAUCAAAGUCAUGGUCAAAAGAAUCAUGGGAUAUUUGUUCACUGACAACAUCUUAGCCUUAUAUUCUUUUAAUGGCAGAGCAAAUAAAAAAAAAUGUUUUGCAAAUCUAUCAAUUUCAAAAGUUAUAUUCAAUGCUGUUAAAUCAAUUAAACAAUUGAAUAAUGAAUCAUCGACCGAUGAAAUUGAAAAAUACAUUAGGUAUUAUCUCAUUCAAGCACCAUUCAACAUAAAAAAAGAAAAAAGAAAUGUUUCAUUGAAUAUGAAUAUCAUUUAAUUUUGUAAUUAUUAUGUACAAUAUAAUAUAGCUAGGCUAGGUUUGCCUUUUAGUUAUAUCAUAUUUCAACUAUAUAUAUACUAUUAUAUUAUAUUCUAAAUUAAUGUAUAUUUACAUUAUGUUUUUACUAUUAUUAUAUUGUUAUAGGGCCUAACAAUAUAUGUUGAAUAUGUAAUACAUAAAAUAUUUUGAAUAUUUUUGA